AUGUCGUUGAUUGAACCCACCGGGUCCCCACCAACUACGGGAGUUGAGAAACCCAGUGAAAACCCCAAUCAAUUCCGAGCAGGGUCCACCAGUCCUCGGCCAACGAAACCCGAACGACAACGGACUCCAUCCCCAGAGCCCCGAUCUGGCGAAAAUCGAUUGCGGCCAGCAGGAGACAUCAUCAACCGAAUAACGUGGGACUCCAACUUUGAUCGCAAUGACUAUAUCAUCGGGUUUGUCGAUCGGUUUGAGGGCCAACUUGAGGUGACCAUGGAUAGCUGGAAGAAAGAAUCCACCGACGAGGAAUUUAUCCCGCAGCAUCGUGUACUCUACAUUCGACAUGCGAAUGGUGACAUUGUAUGGGAUAGAAGGCGGCGCAUCGACAAAAUCUUCAACAGCGGAAAUUCAGCGUUUAGCGAGUUGGCGUUUUUGCAGUGA